AAUAAUUAUCUACAUUUGAUAUUCAUUUCACGUGCUCCUGCACCGAACCGUACGUCUACGAUCAUGUUCUGUAUAUUUGUGCUUGGCAUUCUUAUUCAUGGAGCAUUACCAGCAGCUCUUGAUGAUUAUGUAUAUCGGAAUGACCCGUAUUACAAGUUUGAGGAGAUUGGGAAAGAGUCAGGGCCUGGAUAUACCAUGUAUAUGAUAAAUAUGACUUCACAAAAAUGGAAAACAGAGGAUAGACUAGAUCAUCCGAUAUGGUGGCAUUACUUAGCAAUAACAAUACCAGACAAAAUUGUGUAUAAAGAUGCCGCUUUCAUGCUGAUUGAUGGUGGCUCAAAUACCGAUGCACCACCUACUGUAAGUGAUAACUUUGUGGCCCUGACUGUAGCCUUUGCUGUGUCGACAGGUUGUAUUGGUGCUGACUUAAAAAUGAUUCCUAACCAACCAAUCGUAUUCAAGGAUGAUCCAGAACAGAAAAAAAGAAAAGAGGAUGCUGUUAUCGCUUGGACAUGGAAAACCUUUGUUGAGAAGAAUUCAUCGGAUCCUGAAUUUUUAUUACGUUUUCCUAUGACUAAGGCUAGUGUAAGGGGAAUGGAUACCGUAGCAUCCAUUUCAAAACAAAAGACUGGAAAUGUCAUCAAUAAAUUUUUCAUUGCUGGAGCAUCUAAGAGAGGUUGGACAACAUGGACAACAGCGGCAGUUGACAAGAGGGUUGUUGCUAUGGCACCGCUUGUAAUGGAUCUUCUUAACAUGCAAAAGAGUCUCCAUCAUCAUUACAGAUCUUUAGGUGGCUGGACUUUUGCCUUCGAUGACUACUAUCAUUUAAAUUUCACUCAAGAUCUGGAUAAUCCGAACACUACUAAAAUGGCCACAUACAUUGAUCCAAUUUCAUAUAACAGCAGGUACACAUCAAUACCCAAAAUGAUAGUAACAACUGGCGGAGAUGAGUUCUUUAUACCUGACGACUCUCACUACUACUUUGGUGAGCUGGAUGGUCCUAAACUUCUCAGGAAAUUACCGAAUGCAGAACAUAGUAUGGCUGGUCAUGAAAUAGGUCUAUUGUUUUCUCUGAGGGCAUUCUUCUUGUCUGUUAUCACGAAUACAACAUUACCAGGCAUGAGUUGGCAGAAAGAAUUCACACCAACCGGCGGUAAAAUAUACUUAAAGACUGAUAGAGCACCAAAAACAGUACAGGCGUACCACGCAAAAACCACUGAUAACAAAAGGCGAGAUUUUCGUUUAGUAAUCGGACAACCUGGUGACCCGUCCAAAGCUUUUCCACAUAUUGUUCCAUGGGUUGCUGAAAAUGUUAAAGAUAUGGGUAACAACACUUACAUGGCUGAAUUUACCAAUCCACCAAAUGGUCGCUGGUUAGCUUUCUUUAUUCAGGCUACAUUUGAUGGAAUAGAUGAAACAGUUCAUGAAUACACAACAGAAACCAUGAUCAUACCCGACACCUUUCCAUUUCCGGACUGUACUGGGAAGACAUGUCGAGGAACACUAGUUUAAGGGAGAAUAUGUUAUAUUAUUACACUGUAGAAUUAAAAAAAAAUAGUUUGCUUAUUUGAUUUGUUGAUAAUUUAUGCUAGUCGUUUUAGAUUGGAGUAUUUAUAAUAAGUUGUUG